AUGAACAUCCUCAACAAGCUCGGGUUCGGCGUUUGGUCCCCCGACCCGUCUGCCAUGGACCCGACGAUUCCCCAGAGCCCCGACGACGAUUCCCCCGCCCCCGGCCAGCAGUUCGCCCAAUUCGGAGCUGGGUGCUUCUGGGAAGUCGAAUUGGUGUUUCAGAGGGUUUUCGGCGUUACAAAGGCGGAGGUCGGGUAUACUCAGGGUCUCCUCCACCAUCCUACCAACGAGGACAUCUGCACCGGUACUACAAGCCACUCUGAGGUGGUUAGGGUUCAGUUUGAUCCUAAGGAGUGUAGCUACGACGCUCUGCUCGAUGUUUUCUGGGCUCGACACGACCCUACUACCAUGAAUCGCCAGGGUUGUUUGUAUGAUUGUAUCUUUUCGUUUCUUGGCUACAUGUGA